AUGAACGACAACACCAUAGUUGCCACCGUCAUCAUCGUCGUUCUCGCCGCAAUGGCCAUAGGCGGAAUCUACGUCUAUAACCUUCGAGCAAAGAUGAGACAAGAGAUGACGAUAGUCCGCGUCGAGUCCCAGAAACGACGGAUGCAUCAACUACAUGCAGCUUCUGCGGCGGUUGUACGUGCAAGACAGGCGAGUCGUGGCCAGAGUCGUGGCCGAAGCCGUGCUCGUUCGAGACGGCGCGAUGUGUCUCCCGGCUACGAUAGGAGGGCAGUGGUUGAUCGCGAUCAGAAUCGUAAUCAGCAUAAUACAGGGAACAGGGGGAAGAAAGAGCAAGAGCAACAGAGGCAGAAGCAGGAUGGUGACACGCGGUCCAUGAGGUCUUCAGGGAGAAAGGCGCCACCGGGUUCGAGGUCUGGAUCUAAGAUGCCUGCCCAGAGGAAGUUGGAGAGUAACGGUGCUACGAAUACCACUGCGCAGCGCCCUCAGGAGUGGGAUAACCAAAGUAAUAACAGCAAUGACUGGGAGCAGUAUAACAACAAAGACAAGUCGCAGAACACAACCGGUUUCAACCAGGCUGAGAACAAUGACUCUAAAGAUGACCGGGACAAUAAGUCUGGAUGUUUUGACUGGAAUGCUGGGAGCAAGGACCAAACUAAUGACAAUAACAAUGGCGGAGGGCAAAAGGGAGGGUGGAGCUCGGAAGCCUCUGAUGCGAUGGCUACUCAGAAAACGGCACUGCUGCCAGCACUGCCACCAUCAUCGCAGCCAGCUGCAAGCCAGCCAGACGAAAGAAAUAAUGAGGACCUGUGGUGA